AUGGGUGGUGCAUGGAAAUGUAAAAGGGGGAUAUUUGAUGUGGUAAGUAGGCAGAGUGGAUGGGGGAUAGGGGGGGUUGGGGGGGGGAAUAAACUUGCGUUGAAUGUUAUAGCGUGGAGGGGGGGGGGGGGGGGAAUUAAGGGAGGGGGGUGGAGGGGGGGUUUUUUUUUGUUGUUUGGUGGGGGGGGGUGGGGAUUGUGGUGA